AUGAGACCACACGCGAGACGCAUCGAGAGCUUGAGGAAUACAAUUCAAAGGUCGCCUUUUACAAUACCGAUGGAAGAAAUGAUUAGACGUAUACAGAAUAGGUUUGACAGGGAUUCAACCCCGGUCCCUGAUUUUAGCAACCGCGAGGCAUCAGAAAGAGUGAGUGAUCGAGCCAAUUCGAUUCUUAACCGGUUGAUGACAUCUAGGGGAGUUAGAUCAGAGCAGAACCAGGCUAGUGCAGCAGCAGCAGCCAUCGUUGCAGCAUCAGAGGAUAUCGAUCUGAACCCGAACAUUGCUCCCGAUCUUGAAGGAGAAACCACCACGAGAUUCCAUCCUCUGCUGAUCAGGAGACAGCUACAGUCACACCGAGUUGCAAGGAUCUCGACUUUCACAUCUGCAUUGAGUUCUGCAGAGAGGCUUGUAGAUGCUUAUUUUAGAACUCAUCCAUUGGGGAGGAACCACCAAGAGCAAAACCAUCAUGCUCCUGUUGUGGUUGAUGAUAGAGACUCAUUCUCAAGCAUUGCAGCU